UUGCCUUUCACAGAAUUGUCUUUUUUGUUUGUUGAGGUCAUAUUUUAAUAAUAAGUAGCCUUUAUUGGGGGAAGGUGGGCAUUAUAAGCAUAUUUGAAUAUUGGGCGGGAUGUGUCCACUCCCAGUAUAACCACUGCCUUGCAUCAGUGCAUCUGAGGACAAGCAGACAGAGAGGGGGAGACGCAGUGUAAAGUGUGGGAGCAGUUUUAGGCACUAGGACCCAGCAGGUGCAGCUCGGUGUUAUUUCAGCGGGCUGCAGCUCGGUCCCGUCAGCAGAGCGGCAGCAGCGUCCUCUGGACUCGGGACGCGGAGUGAGCGGCGGCUCCCCAUCCUGCUACCCACACCACGGGCAGGGGGGACAACUUUAACCCAACUCUUUUUGUGGACUUGAGGAACAGCAAAGAAUCCCCAAACACACGUUCUUCUUCUUUUUCUUGUUUUUUAAAUGAGUAAGAUACUUUAGAGAUGGCUUCAUCCGUGAGCGGCACAGAGGAGGUCCGGGUGUCGGCGUUGACGCCCCUGAAGUUGGUGGGACUGGUGUGCGUGUUUCUCGCCCUGUGCCUGGAUGUCGGGGCCGUCUUGAGCCCGGCGUGGGUCACGGCGGAUGAUCAGUACUACCUGUCCAUGUGGGUGUCCUGCUGGAAGCCCGUCAGCUCCGCGGAGUGGUCCUGCAACAGCACGCUGGGCACCGGAGCGGUCCAGCUGGGGUUUCAUUUGGCCUUUUGUUGCGCACAAAAUGAGCCUUUGUGUGGGUUUCUUCACCGGCCAAGGAGCGAGGGCAACUCAGAGCAGAGAGCUCCCCAGAGAUCCAGAUGCCUGGAGAUUAGUUACCAGGGGAACAAGUGA